GGUAAUUGCAACUAACCCUAAGCUCCUUGUGUCUACGCUUUAAAGGUAGCCCCGAUUAUUGCUGACUUAAGCAUCGAAGUGUCUACCCCGGGGAUCCACCUUGGGGCUUUGCAGGUUAAUCUAGAGUGCAGAUACGGACUGAAGAAGGACUUCCGGUUUGGUGCAGUUACAUUUUGGCGCCGUUUGUGGGAACCUGAACUAAAGGCUCCCUUGUUGCUCUUAUCAUGGUUAGAACUAGGUCAGCCCGAGGGGGAAACUCGUCUCAGCCUCUUGGACGAGGUCAGAUCCCCAGCAACCUUCCACCUCAUCCCCCACCCCCAAUCCCGAGUAUAUUCCCUCAUGCUGACCAUACAGAGGGAGGGGAUGAAAACCAGCCACAUAAUCCGGCUCACAACUCAGCCUCUACCGCUAACCAAGACAUAGUUGCAACUCAGCUUGCCGCCAUGCAACAGCAGUUUGGUGUCUUUCAACAAGUGCUGGCUCAGCUGUUAACCCGGAAUAAUCCUGGUGAUCCACUUAUCAAUCUACUUAAUCCAGCCCCACCACAACCCCCAGCCCCACCACAAAAUCCUGAACCAGUUCAACAUGCUCCCACUGUUAGUGAAUCUCAGGGCCAAUCUCACAUCGCCCCAGCCCAGCAACCCUGCCAUGACGAUGUCACUCGACGUCUAGAUAGCUUGGAACGGCUAGUAGUUGAACAGCGAGGUGCCCCACCUCCACACCCUGCUGUUGACUCCGUACCCCACCCUCUCAACACCAAUAUUGUACUCGAACCUUAUCUUGCUGGCUUCAGAAUACCACAGCUUGAAACUUAUGAUGGGACGAAGGACCCUGAUGACCAUCUACAUGCUUUCUACUCCUGCAUGCAAGCCCAGAACACUGACGCAUUGAUGUGCAAAAUCUUUCCCUCUACCCUCCGGGGAAAUGCUCGAACUUGGUACUAUAGUCUGCCUCCGAGGUCAAUCAACUCUUACACAGAACUAGCAUCUGCUUUUGCCACAAAGUUUUCCAGUAGAAGGUUGAUCAGGAAAACCACUUCUGAGCUGAUGCGAGUCAAACAGAGGGACGGAGAGUCUUUGAAGAAUUUUAUGAGCAGAUUCAAUGAUGCAGUGCUGGAGGUUAAUUCUUUCGACCAAGCUGUGGGAAUUACAGCGGUGAUCUCAGGUCUUGGCAAUGAGAGGUUCCGAGAUAGUCUGCUCAAACAUCCUGCCAACACCUUCAGCGAGGUAAAUGAUAAAUCGUUGAAAUUCAUAACUACUAAGAAAUAUGCUCUGUCGCAGAACCUAACUCCUACUAAGAGCCAACAACCGGACUGGAGAGAUGAGAAUCCGAACAGGAAACGGAUGAAGACAACACAGAACCGAGGUCCGAUGUCGACCCCGAGAUUCGGAAGGCCGAACUCAGCACCUCCGCCACAACCUGCAGGUAAACCUCCAGUUAAUUGGACUCCUUUUAAUUUACCAAGGUCACAAAUCUUUAUGCAGAUUAAGAAUAAGAUGGACUUAAGACGUCCGGGUCCAAUGAGAACUGCUGCUGCUACCAGAGACCAUACUAGUCUGGCACAGAAAGGAAUGUUGAAUGAGUACAUCCAGAGAGUGGAACAGCCAAGGUUUGUCAGAGAACAAGGGUCACAGCAUCAAGCAAUCCGCAAUCCCCCAAACAGACAAGGUGUGGGAUAUCAGCAAGCCCCACCCCCACUCCCACCACCAGCUAGAGUAAUACACAUGAUUACGGGAGGUCUGGAAGCCGGUGGACUGAGCUCUAAGCAGCGAAAGCUGUAUGUCAGAGAGCGUGUCCUUGUUGACACAGGAAGUGCACCAGACAUCAUGUACUUCCAUUGUUUUGAGAGUCUUGGGUUAGAUCCCGCUCUGUUGCAGCGGUAUAAUGGUCCCAUUUACGGGUUUAACAACCAACCAGUUCCAGUUGAAGGAGUCCUCACUAUGAAUGUUGCAUUUGGCAGUGGCCGAAGUUAUGUGACUCCUUCAUUCCCAACUCCUACGGGAAUAGCAACGCUACGAGGCAACCAGGAGGUGGCCCGACAUUGCUAUAUCACCUCAGUAACACAACCUCAAAAGGGCAAGACUCAAACACCCGAGGUUGAUCCCAAACAGAUUCUUGAUGAUCGGCAAGUUAUGGGUGUUGAGAUAGUAGAUAACCGACCAGAAGAUGAAACCAGAGCUGCUCCAGUCGAAGAUGUAGAAGAGGUGCAGAUUGAUGACAGAGAUCCGCGCCGGAAAACGCAAAUUGGGACUAAAUUGAACCCGGAGGAAAGAGCAGAGCUAAUAGCUUUUCUUCGGGCCAAUAAAGAUGUUUUUGCAUGGACUUCAGCAGACAUGCCGGGAAUUGCCACUUCAGUUUUUCAACAUAAACUCAGCACCAAUCCCCUCAAGAAACCAGUAGCCCAGAAGCGACGCCUCUUCGGGGGGGAGAGGUUACAGGUCAUUAAAGAAGAAGUUGAGAAACUCCUACAAGCUGGUUUUGUUAGAAGGGUCGAUUACUGCGAGUGGGUCGCCAAUCCGAUGUUGGUGAAAAAAGCAAACGGUAAAUGGCAGAUGUGCAUUGAUUACACUAACCCCAACGAUGCAUGUCCAAAGGAUUGUUAUCCAAUGCCAAACAUUGAUAAGCUGGUUAAGGCAACUUUGGGGAAUAAGAGAUUAAGUCUCUUGGAUGCAUACUCAGGCUACCACCAGGUCCCAAUGGCUCUUGAGGAUGAAGAAAAAACCUCGUUCUAUGCUAGUGAUGAGAUCUAUUGCUAUGUAAUGAUGCCCUUCGGCUUGAAGAAUGCAGGCGCCACUUACCAGAAGAUGGUUACCAUCGUAUUCCGAGCUCAAAUAGGACGGAAUCUGGAAGUUUAUGUUGAUGAUAUAGUGGUGAAGAGUUUGAAAGCUGACGAUCACUUAACCGAUCUUGAGGAGACAUUCAACAAUCUUAGACAGAAUAGAAUGAGAGGGAUUGAGGUCAACCCAGAAAAGAUCAGAGCAAUUGCCGAGAUGGAACCGCCGAAGUCAAUGAAGGACAUACAGAGGUUGACCGGAAGGGUAGCAGCUCUUCAUCGGUUCAUAUCGAAGUCAGCAGAUAAGUGCCUACCAUUUUUCAAGAUUAUGAGGUCAGCUGCCCAGAAGGAUGAAUCGGGUAAACAGAAGAAGUUUGAGUGGACUCAGGAAUGCCAAGCCACAUUCGACGAGCUGAAGUCUUACCUUAGCUCACCACCUCUACUGACUAAAGCCAAAGAUGGAGAAAUCCUCUAUCUAUAUCUGGGAAUUUCAGAUGAAGCCAUUAGUUCGAUUCUGAAGAAGUUUGAGUGGACUCAGGAAUGCCAAGCCACAUUCGACGAGCUGAAGUCUUACCUUAGCUCACCACCUCUACUGACUAAAGCCAAAGAUGGAGAAAUCCUCUAUCUAUAUCUGGGAAUUUCAGAUGAAGCCAUUAGUUCGAUUCUGGUAAGAGAAGAAGCCAAGCAGCAGAAACCAAUAUAUUAUAUCAGUAGUGUGUUGCAUGGAGCCGAACUGAGGUAUCCUAUAGCUGAGAAAGCAGCUUUAGCAGUCAUUCUGCAAAAGCCUGAGUGUUCUGGAAGAUUAAUUAAGUGGGCAGUAGAACUGGGGGAGUUCGAGAUAACAUUUCAGCAGAGAUCUGCAGUCCGAGCUCAGGCACUAGCAGAUUUCAUUGUAGAGUGUACUCCAGGUAAUUCCAUUCCUACUCCGGAGCCCAAUGACUGGACCUUAUAUGUUGAUGGGGCAUCUAGUAGCAAAGGUUCAGGAGCUGGUGCUCUCUUGAUUGGCCCAGAUGGAUACCGAAGUGAACAUGCUCUGAAAUUUAACUUCGAUGCAACAAACAACAUGGCUGAGUAUGAAGCCCUGCUACUGGGUCUGCAGCUAGCCUUGGAAUUAAAACUUAGUGCGAUCCAAGUAUACAGUGACUCCCAACUGGUGGUGAACCAAAUUAACUCAAUUUGCGAAGUUGUUGAUCCUGUGAUGGUGAAAUAUGUAGCUCUGGUGGCCAAACUGAAGUGCAAAUUCCAGAAAUUCUGUCUGAGCAAAAUCCCCCAAACUAAGAAUGAACAGGCAGAUUCACUCUCUAAAUUCGCCUCUGAUAGUUCUUCACAUUCCAGAUCAGUUUUUGUGGAGGUCUUAAAUGAACCAAGCUUCGUGAAGCCACGGGUGAUGGAGAUCAGCACCGACCCAGGCACACCGAGCUGGACUAACCCAAUCCUUUCCUUCUUACGAGAGGGGAUAGUACCUGAGGACAGGCAGGAGGCAAUGAAGUUGAGGAGGAAAGCAUCUCGGUAUACACCUGUUGAUGGGAUCCUCUAUAAGCGAUCUUUCUCUCUACCUCUUCUACGGUGCUUGAAUCCCUAUGAAGCAGAAUAUGCACUUAGGGAGGUGCAUGAAGGUGUCUGCGGAAGUCACGUGGGUGGUCAAACUUUGGCUCAUAAAGUCCUUAGACAGGGUUAUUAUUGGCCCAACAUGUACAAGGAUGCCACUCACUUUGUUCAGAGAUGUUUGAAAUGCCAGUUCUUUGCACACCUGACUCACCAGCAUGCAGAAGAGCUCACUACUCUGGUAGCACCAUGGCCAUUUGCUCAGUGGGGAUUGGAUCUCUUGGGCCCAUUCGUGAAGGGGGUUGGUGGUGUAACCCACCUGAUUGUUGGUGUAGAUUAUUUCACAAAGUGGGUUGAAGCUCGGCCGUUAUCCAGUCUUACUUCCAAGAAGGUUGAAGACUUUGUUUUCAACUCAAUAAUCUGCAGAUAUGGGAUCCCGAAUCAGAUUGUGGCUGAUAAUGGACCUCAAUUUAACUGCACCUCUUUUCGAGAUUUCUGUUCCAGCUACGGGAUUAAACUGCAGUUCACCUCGAUUUACCAUCCAGAGUCAAACGGCAUGGUCGAAUCUGUUAACAAGUGCAUCCUAGAAGGUAUAAAGCCGAGGUUGGAACAACACAAGGCCAAAUGGGCAGACGAGCUCAACAACGUCCUUUGGGCAUACAGAACUACGAGUCGAACUGCCACAGGUGAAACACCAUAUCAUCUAGCCUUUGGUACCGAAGCAGUCAUUCCUAUCGAGAUAGGAGUUCCAAGCUUCAGAGUCACCCAUUUCAAUGAAGGACGGAAUGGACAACUGCUUUGGGAGAACCUUGAUCUACUUGAUGACCUCAGAGAAGAAGCACGACUUCGAACUCUAGUCUACAAGCAGAAAAUAGCAAACUUCUACAAUAAACGAGUUCGACCCCGAUCAUUCAAAGUAGGAGACCUUCUUCUCAGAAAAGCUGGUCUAACGGGGUUUGAAACUCGAUUCGGCAAAUUAGCACCAAACUGGGAAGGCCCAUACACUGUCGCCGAAGUGCCACACCCAGGUGCUUAUAUCCUACGGGACACUGAAGGCAAACGAGUUCCCAGAGUCUGGAAUAUCAAUAACCUGAAGAAGUUUUACCCUUAAGUGUACUUCAUUUAAGUGAACUUUGUUUUGAUAAUUCCUACUUUCACUCCUUCUGCUCAAUUUAAAGUGUAUUUUAACUCAAUUCAUUAAUAAGUUUCACUUCACGAC